AAAAGCUCGUCUCUCUCUCUCUCUCUCACGCGUCUUCAGCGCGUCCGCCGUUCUGCUCCGAAGUCGAAGUGCGACAUUUUGGUGGAAGAAAUGAAGAAAUUGUCAUUCGGGAGCAUCCUUUCGGCUGCUCCGAUCCGAAGGGAGGAGCUUCCUUUCUCCUUCGUUUAAGUGCCAUUUAGAUACGAGUUUCUUUCUUGGAGGGCACUUGAAGUUGGUCCGGUCAAAAGGGGAAGAAACCUUGGGCGAUCUGUGAAUCUGCUUGCCAAUUUGGGGCUCUUCUCUUUGGUUACACCAGAACGUUGCUCUCUGGCGUGAUUCGGUCCAUCUCUUGGCGCGUACUUUGUGCGUCCUCUGGAUUCUUAUUGAGGCUUCGAGGCUUUCCUCCUGUUUGUCGACUUGACAGUGGUGAUCUCGGGUGUGAUUUGAUCCAUUUCUUGGUUUCUCAGGUAGAAAAGGAGCCGCCUUCGGACGUUACUAGUGGGAUUCGUGCCUGCUGUUUGACGUGGUUUUUUCUGAUUUCGUGCGAGGGAAAGGAGCGAUCUUUGAUCGACUUCUGGGUUCUUACUGAGGCAUUGAGUCGUGUGCAGUCCGUCGGUGCGGAUCUUGUUUGUAUAUUAUUUAAGGCGGCUACUUUCCGGUUUUAGCUUGCUGGAGUUCAUCCGCUCAAGGAUCAAAGGCCGCAGAAAAUUGAAGGGUUCUUUCCCCUUUUUUUCUUGCGCUGAUCGUGUCGCCAAAGCUAAGCUUUCUCUUUCUGGCAAUCUCUAGCAACUUCAUUCCGGCUCUUGGUUCUGGAGAUUGGUUAGGAGCACUGUUUUCUUAUUUCAAAGAAAAGGAGCCACCUUUUCGGUUAAUUACUGUGAUGUUCUGGGAGGACACUGGAAGAUACAAAUUUAUCGCAUGCGAAGAUUAGUCUCACUUUCUAAGAUCAAUCAGAGAGAUUAUGGCUUUAAUGAGGAUUUUUUUGAUCCCUGCAUAUAUGGUCUUGUUUCUGGUUCUUGUGCCAAAAAGAUCAAUGGGGAGACAGCACCAGUUCUUCAGUUUGACUGAUUCUCGUUUUCCCAAUCAGAUGCAGCAAUUUCAGGUGCAAAAGAUGUUGCUUGAUUGUGAUCUACAUCUGAAAGAUAUAAUAGAAAUUAAGAAAAAUUUAGACUUCUCCGUGUUGGACAGCAUGGUCAAGGAUUCCAGACAAAUCUAUGUAAAAAAAGGAUCACAUACGGAAGACAAUGGAGACAAAGUUGCUGCUUCCCUGUCUCCACAGCUUGAGCACUUGUUUCUUGAAUGUUUGAGUAAACAGAACCACCCAGCUCAUGAUCCAGGAGAGGUGAAUAAUCUGAGAAAUUGGUACCAUUAUCUUGAGCAGUUACUUGGAUGGUAUCCUCAUUCAAGGAGGUAUCUGGCUGAUCAACCAGCCCAUGCACCUGCACCAGCACCAGUUAUUUCCUCUGCCCACGCUUCAUCUCCAUCUCCAAAUCUUUCGUCUGGCUCUCCAGCAUAUGGUCCAGCACCUUCCUCUAUCCCAGAUCCUCCUCCAAUUCAUGCUCCUCCCAGCAGAUUCUUUCCACCACUAUAUGACUAUAUGAGCCCAGACACAACUCCAACUUCACCACCAAAGAAUAAAGAGGACAGGAACAAAACAAUUAUUGUUGCAGUUGUUUUAAGCACAGUAGGCACAUGUUUUAUUGCAGCAAUUCUCUUUAUUCUAUAUAAUAAAUGUUGUAGAGACAAAGUUUAUUCAGGUAACAGCAUAAGGGAUGAUAGGCCACUUCUAAAUUUGAGUUCGAGUGACUUCUCUGGGUCUUCACAAAACCCUUUUGGCAUGGCAAAUUUAAGUGAGAAGAAACAGUUGGGGGCUUUUUCUCUUAAAGCUCAACCAAUUCAUGCUGGUAAUGCUUCAUCUAUGAAUGUUGGCUCAGCUGAAAUUCCACCAUCCAAAUUACACUCAGGACUUUCCAAUUCAUCAAUAGAGCUUUCUAGUGCACCUACCAUUGGAUCAGCAGAGGAACCUACUUCUCCACCUCCUCCUCCACAGCCUUCACUACCUCCACGACCUCCGCCACCUCCACCACCUUCACUACCUCCACAACCUCCGCCACCUCCUCCUCCACAGCCUUCACUACCUCCACGACCUCCACCACCUUCACUACCUCCACAACCUCCGCUACCUCCACCACCACCUGUAAUGACUCCUGCGGUUCCAAAGGCUGCUCCUUCUGCUCCUGCUCCACCCCCUCCCAGACCCAAAAAAAUACCUGGUGCACCCCCUCCACCUGCACUGAAAGCUACUUUCCCUCCUCGUCCACCACAAUCAAACCCAAGUUCAUCAAGUGUACCUCAGCCUUCUUUCCUUGGGCCAAAACACCCUGUAUCUAGUGAUGAUGCACCAAAAACCAAGCUCAAACCAUUUUUUUGGGAUAAAGUCCUUGCAGACCCUGACCGGUCUAUGGUGUGGAAUCAGAUUAAGUCAGGCUCAUUCCAAUUUGAUGAGGAGAUGAUUGAAAGUUUGUUUGGUUACACUUCUGCUAAUAAACCCAAAAAUGAUGGAAAGGAGUCUUCAUCAAAGAGUCCUGCUCAACAUGUUCAUAUUCUUGAUGCCAAGAAGUCCCAUAAUUUGGCAAUUUCAUUGAAGGCACUGAAUGUGAAAAUAGAAGAAGUUUGUGAUGCUCUUAUGGAAGGAAAUGAGCUUCCAGUGGAGUUACUCCAAACGUUGCUUAAGAUGGCUCCUACAUCUGAUGAAGAGAUGAGGCUUCGGUUGUAUACUGGUGAUAUUUCUGAACUUGGCUCAGCAGAACAGUUCUUGAAGGCAUUAUUGGAUAUUCCUUUUGCUUUUCAACGCCUAGAUGUGCUUCUUUUCAUGGCUUCUCUGCCAGAAGAAGCAACAAGUGCCAAGGAGUCAUUCUCAACACUAGAGGUGGCCUGUGGAGAGCUAAAAAAUAGCCGGCUAUUCUUGAAGCUAUUAGAAGCAGUUCUUAAAACUGGCAAUCGCAUGAAUGAUGGUACCUUCCGUGGGGGGGCACAAGCAUUCAAGCUUGAUACGCUCUUGAAGUUGGCUGAUGUCAAAGGAACAGAUGGGAAGACAACAUUGUUGCAUUUUGUUGUCCAAGAGAUAAUUCGAUCCGAAGGUGUGCGAGCUGUACGUAUGGCCAGGGAACAAAGUGGGAGCAUCUCUAGUGUGAAUUCUGAUGAUCUUACUGAUGAUUCACUCCAUGAAUCUGAAGACUACUUCCGUAAGCUUGGUCUCAAAGUUGUUUCAGGUCUUGGAGACGAACUUCUAAACGUCAAGAAAGCAGCAUGUCUGGAUGCCGAUGCGUUGACAACUUUGGUGGCAAAUCUUGGACAGAGGUUGGUGAAAACAAAGGAAUUCUUAAAUACAAGCAUGAAAAGUCACGAGGAAAGUGGGUUUCGUCACUCGCUUAAACAUUUCGUGGAACAAGCUGAAACUCAAAUAACUUUCCUAUUGGAGGAAGAAAAGAGAAUAAGGUCAUUGGUAAAGAAAACCACCAACUUUUUCCAUGGAAAUGCAGGGAAGGAUGAGGGGUUGAGAUUGUUCGUGAUUGUGCGGGACUUCCUUGUGAUGUUAGAUAAGGCCUGCAAAGAAGUGAGAGAGGCACCAAGAAAAGUGACGCAAACACGCAAAAACAGAGAAAUAUCGUCAUCAUCAACAGUACCAGAUCCACAGCAGCUGCUCUUUCCAGCGAUAAGGGAUCGGCGAGUUGACAGUUCCAGCUCAGAUGAUGAGAGCUGACUUUAGCUAAAACAGGGCUCAUAUGGUGCUGGAAGCUACAUAUUGAAAACCCAGUUGUAAUCGACUUGCUGUAAUCACUAGAAAGCUGAGUUCUUGGAAGCUUGAAUUAGGGUGCGCCAUGGCAUCAAUGGAAUGAUACAACACACUCAGAUUUGGGUCCUCGCCAUUUGCAUCAGGAAAUUAGAUUAGCCUUGUUUUCUUUGUGGCAGUUGAUAAUGCGUAGAAAAGCUUCAGCAUAGUGACUUUUGAAUCAUGAGUUCAAUUCUUUCAUUAUACAUCAUCUCUUGGAAGCUAAAAAAGAGUACUUUUUGAAGAGGAGAAAAUAUCAUCGAUUCUCAAAGACAAAUCAAAAUAUCUUUGAGCACCACAAAACAUUCCUCCAGCAGAUGGUAUUCUCCACUGUGACAGAUUAAUCCAAACAUGGCCUAACAUUUCCUUUGGCUUGAGCAGUAGCUUUGGCAUCCAAACAUCAUUUAGCCAGAUUCGUAGACCACCGAGACAAGAUACAUGAUGGUACUAAGAACGUAACAUUCAUGUUUGGAUUAAUACAAUCCAAGAAACUAACAUCAUUCCUCCAGCAAUCUCAUUCAAACAGCACAUGUUCUUAAUACAAGAAAGUUUAUAGAGAUAAGCCAUCAAAGAUGGGUUCUACUUAAGAGUGUCACUGGAUGGACCACAAGAAACAUGCAACAAGAAGAAAGCUAGUUGGGCAAUGGUAACAUAUCCUUGAUGGAAGGCUGAGAGAGCCCAAUGUGCUACGCACUACUCAAAAACCAUGAAUCUUAAUAUGCUCCUUCUUCACAAUUCCAGCCUG